GCGAUGCAUGCCUCCAGGGUCCUGUGCGUAGCCGCCGCGGUAGCGUGCCUGGUGUCGACGGCCGCUGCUUUCGUUGCGAGCGGCGGCGGACAUGCGGUCCGAACGCGAGCGGCCACGUCCGCUGGACAACAACAACAUGUGCAACCAGCAAUCCAGCAGCGGGGUGUUCAGGUGCUUGGCGCAUCGGAGGAAGGGGCAGGGGAAGAGAGAGGGUUCGUCAACCCAUACACCGCAUUCAGGAAGUGGCAAAUGGAUCUGAUCGAAUCUAAAGCGAAGGGCGAUGAGAAGUACCCCGAGGCGUUCGCCGGCUUGAUGAAGGAGCCUGGAAUGACCACGGAGAAGGCCGAGCGCUUGGCCAAGCUGUCGGUGAGCGACCCUAUCCUGUACGCCAUCGAGCGCCGAAGGGAGGCCAACGAAAUCAACGAGACCAAGAUGGACUACGACAAGAUAUCUGGGUUCUUCCCCAUGGAGUGGAUCAUGUCCGGGGACUUCGGGUGGGGCUUUAACAAGAAGAAGAAGCGGUUGGCCGAAGAGGAGGCAGCGCGGGAAGCUGGCAAGAAAUAGGGAAAAUCCGUCUCUCGCGGUUUUGUGGGUCUGAAAAAAACAAUUUUUGUUGUGUUGGGAUUACAAGUUUGUCUUUGUGUGACUGAAAAUCUCU